CCAGAUCCCUCAUGGGUUCCCCACCAUAGACAUGGGUCCCCAGCUGAAGGUGGUGGAGAAGACCAGGACAGCCACCAUGCUGUGUGCUGCCAGUGGCAACCCUGACCCAGAGAUCUCCUGGUUCAAAGACUUCCUCCCUGUAGAUAUCAACAGCAGCAACGGGCGAAUCAAACAGCUCCGCUCAGGAGCUCUCCAGAUAGAGAACAGUGAAGAGUCCGACCAGGGCAAGUACGAGUGUGUGGCGGUCAACAGCGCCGGGACCCGCUACUCGGCUCCGGCUAAUCUCUACGUGAGAGUGCGCCGUGUGCCACCCCGGUUCUCCAUCCCGCCCACCAACCAUGAGGUGAUGCCGGGUGGCAGCGUGAACCUGACGUGCGUGGCAGUGGGAGCGCCCAUGCCCUACGUCAAGUGGAUGAUGGGAGUAGAAGAGCUGACCAAGGAGGAAGAGAUGCCCAUUGGGAGGAACGUGUUGGAGGUCACCAACAUCCUCCAGUCUGCCAACUACAGCUGUGUGGCGAUAUCGUCACUCGGCAUGAUCGAGACCACCGCGCAGAUCACUGUCAAAGCCUUGCCCAAGCACCCCACCUCCCUGAUCGUGACAGAGACCACAGCCACCAGCGUCACCCUGACCUGGGACUCUGGGAACCCUGAGCCCGUGUCCUACUACGUCAUCCAGUACCGGGCCAAGGUCUCUGACAACAGCUUCCAGGAGGUGGACGGAGUAGCCACCACGCGCUACAGCAUUGGUGGCCUCAGCCCCUACUCCGAGUACGAGUUCCGCGUCAUGGCGGUGAACAACAUCGGGCGUGGCCCUCCCAGCAGCCUCGUGGACACCAGGACCAGUGAGCAGGCUCCAUCCUCUCCACCGCUGGCUGUACAGGCUCGCAUGCUCAGCGCCUCCACAAUGCUGGUCCAAUGGGAGCCGCCUGAGGAGCCUAAUGGACAGAUCAGAGGGUACCGGGUGUACUACAGCUCAGACCUCAGAGCCCCACUGAGUGGCUGGCAGAAACACAACACUGACGACAGCAGACUGACCACCAUCUCCGGGCUGACCACUGAUAUCACCUACAGCCUCAGGGUGCUGGGGUUCACCUCUGUAGGGGACGGACCUCCGUCUGAUGUACUGCAGGUCAAGACCCAGCAGGGCGUACCAGCCCAGCCAUCUAGUUUCAACGCCGAGGCAGAGUUGGACACCCGCAUCAUGCUGUCGUGGCUGUGGCCUGUCCAGGACCAGAUCACCAAGUAUGAACUGAUGUAUUGGGAGGCUAACUCUGGCAACAAGCUUCAUGUGACCUUCCCUCCAGCGGGGUCCUAUGCUGUGGAGGGUCUGAAGCCAGACACCCUCUACAUGUUCUCCCUGGCUGCUCGCUCUGAAUUGGGCCUGGGAGUCUACACCCAACCCAUCGAGGCCAGGACUGCCCAGUCCAUGCCUGGAGCUCCUCCCAGGAAGGUGGAGGCGGAUGUCCUGAACUCCACAGCUCUGAGGGUGACGUGGAAGCCCCCCCUCCAGGUGAAGCAGCAUGGUCAGAUCAGAGGGUACCAGGUGGUCUACUCGCGACUGGAGAACGGAGAGCCACGAGGCCAGCCCAACAUCAUGGAUGUCUCCCUACCUGAGGCACAGUGGAACGUUGAGGAUACCAUGGACUAUGAGGCUGUUAUAACAGGCCUGCUCCCUGAGACCACCUACUCUGUCACCGUGGCAGCCUACACCACCAAGGGGGACGGGGCACGCAGUAAGGCCAAGGUGGUCACCACCACUGGAGCAGAGUUCACCAAAAACUUUGGUGUGAAAGCUGUGAUGAAGACCUCUGUCCUGCUGACUUGGGAAGUGCCAGAAACCUACAAGUCUCAAGUGCCUUUCAAGAUCCUGUAUAACCAGCAGAGUGUGGAGGUGCAGGGAACUGAGAGGAAGCUGAUCACGAGGCUGCAGCCAGACACAGACUACAAGCUUGUGUGUUGAUGUCUAGAGGGAACGGCUGGGGGUCUACAGCAGCAGGUCUCCAUCAGGACCGCCCCCGACCUGCUCAAGACCAACACCCAUCCAACCACACCACCCAGAGGAGGCGGGGCAAGCUCACCUCACCAUGCCUGUCUCUCCCUCUUCAGAUGGUACUACAUAGUGGUGGUUCCUGUCACACCAGCCACACUACGCAGGUGGGAGAACCCUGAAGAUAUGGACCUGGAUGAGCUCCUGGAGGCUAGUUCUGACCAGAGCCUGAGAAGGAGGAGACAGACCCAAGAGUUCCUCAGACCCUACAUCGCGGCCAAGAUGGACACUCUGCCAGACACCUUCACUCUAGGAGACGAGAAGAAGUACAACGGCUUCUACAACAAGCCUCUACCGGGACAGCAGCAGUACCUCUGUUUCGUCCUGGCUGCCCUCAAAGACCACGAGUCUCAGAAGACGUUUGCGGCCAGCCCAUACUCAGACCCCAUCACGGUGAAGCUCCACAGCGGUAUGUCUCUCCAUGCUGAGGACCCAGAGAUGCUGUGGGUCAUGGGCCCUGUCCUGGCUGUUGUACUCAUCAUCAUCAUCGUCAUCGCCAUCCUGCUCUUCAAGAGCAAAAAAGAAAGGAAACGAGCAUCUCCCUCUGCCAAGGAUGAACACUCUGCUGGGGUGAAGGACUCUCUGCUGGCCCACUCCUCUGAUCCUGUGGAGAUGAGACGACUCAACUAUCAGACCACAGGUUCCAGUGACCCCAGUUGCCCGAACACUCCAAGGAUGAGGGAGCACCCUCUCAUCUCCACCACUGAUCUUGCUAACCACAUCGAGCGACUCAAGGCCAACGACGGACUCCGCUUCUCACAGGAGUAUGAGUCUGUAGACCCAGGCCAGCAGUUCACAUGGGAACACUCUAACCUGGAGGUGAACAAGCCAAAGAACCGAUAUGCAAACGUCAUCGCCUACGACCACUCCAGGGUCAUCCUCACCUCUGUCGACGGAGUGCCAGGUAGUGACUACAUCAACGCUAACUACAUAGACAGCUACAGGAAGCAGAACGCCUGCAUCGCUACACAGGGCCCGCUUCCUGAAACCCUGAGUGACUUCUGGAGGAUGGUGUGGGAGCAGAGGACCAACACUAUCGUCAUGAUGACCAGACUGGAGGAGAAGUCACGGGUGAAGUGUGACCAGUACUGGCCCAGUAGGGGUACAGAGACCUAUGGGAUGAUCCAGGUGACCAUGUUGGACACUGUGGAGCUGGCUACCUACAGCGUACGCACCUUCGCCCUCUAUAAGAAUGGCUCCAGUGAGAAGAGAGAGGUUCGUCAGUUCCAGUUCAUGGCCUGGCCGGACCAUGGAGUGCCUGAGUACCCCACCCCCACCCUGGCAUUCCUCCGCAGGGUCAAGGCCUGCAACCCCACAGAUGCAGGACCCAUGGUGGUCCACUGCAGUGCUGGUGUAGGUCGGACCGGUUGCUUCAUCGUGAUUGAGGCCAUGCUGGAGCGUAUGAAGCAUGAGAAGUCAGUGGAUAUCUACGGUCAUGUGACGUGUAUGAGAGCUCAGCGGAACUACAUGGUGCAGACGGAGGACCAGUACGUCUUUAUCCACGAGGCCCUGCUAGAGGCUGCCACCUGCGGUAACACAGAGGUCCCUGCACGCAACCUGUACGCGCACAUCCAGAAACUCACCCAGGUCACGCCCGGAGACACGGUCACUGCCAUGGAGCUAGAGUUUAAGAAACUGGCCAACUCCAAAGCACAUACCUCAAGAUUCAUCAGUGCCAACCUGCCCUGUAACAAGUUCAAGAACCGGCUGGUGAACAUCAUGCCUUUUGAGUCCACUCGCGUGAGUCUGCAGCCUAUCAGAGGAGUGGAGGGCUCCGACUACAUCAAUGCCAGCUUCAUCGACGGAUACAGGCAACAGAAGGCCUACAUAGCCACCCAGGGCCCGCUAGCAGAGACCACAGAGGACUUCUGGAGGAUGCUGUGGGAACACAACUCUACCAUCGUCGUCAUGCUCACCAAACUCAGAGAGAUGGGACGGGAAAAGUGCCAUCAGUACUGGCCUGCUGAACGCUCUGCUAGGUACCAGUACUUUGUAGUGGACCCCAUGGCUGAGUACAACAUGCCCCAGUACAUCCUCCGAGAGUUCAAGGUCACAGACGCCAGGGAUGGCCAGUCUAGGACCAUUCGGCAGUUCCAGUUCACUGAUUGGCCAGAACAAGGGGUGCCAAAAACUGGAGAGGGCUUUAUCGACUUCAUUGGCCAAGUGCAUAAAACCAAGGAACAGUUCGGACAGGAUGGACCCAUCUCUGUGCACUGCAGUGCUGGUGUUGGGCGGACUGGUGUGUUCAUCACCCUGAGUAUCGUGCUGGAGAGGAUGAGGUACGAGGGGGUGGUGGACCUCUUCCAGACUGUCAAGACACUGAGGACCCAGAGACCUGCCAUGGUGCAGACAGAGGACCAGUACCAGUUGUGCUACAGGGCAGCUCUAGAGUACCUUGGAAGCUUUGACCACUAUGCAACAUAAUAACCACUCCCAGAAUGCACUGGGACUCCUGGGGUUCAGGAGCGCCAGCCGUGUGUCCCUUCUGAGCUAUAUCCAUACUGUCCAGAAACUGCCGGAGGGGUGAGGGGAGAGGGGGAGGAAGAGAAGAAAAGGAGUGAGGAGGAGUGGGAGAGAGCACAAGUCUGACUGGAUGACCGUCAAUCAGGUGGAGCAGUACUCCUGGACUGACUGCACAAUAAACCUGCUUUAAAACCCUUCACUACUAAAAAGUAACCUAAAAAGCUUCAGUAUGUUUCAUUCUGAUGUCUCUAUAGCUAAUGCACAUGCCAUGAAAACACUAUUAUUUCCUCCACCUGCUUAUAUGGCAAACUUUAUUUUUCUGCUUUUAUUAUGCAUUAAUAUCAUUACUAUUACCCAUUAUAUAUAUGUUAUUAUUAUUAUUAUUUAGAAUUUGUUUUAUAAUCAUUUAUACACUGGUUAUUGUAUGUCUUAUUGGGUCUUAUUUUAAAUUCAUUAUUUGUAUCUUUUUAUUAUUUUUUACACAAGGGACAUGUAUUUUAAACAUGCUCCGAGUUAUUAUUAAUACUGGAGACGUACGCAUACUCAGAGCUGCUAAUAAUAUUUUAAUUUUUUUACCAUAAUUAUAAUAUUCUAAAGUUCUCUAUUCUCUGGUUGGUCGUAUUCAGUGGGAUAUGGGGGACACAACUUUUAUUAGUAUUUUCACUUCCUGGUAUUUACAAAAACAAUCUCCACAAAAAGAGAUCAAACACAUAUACACCAGAUUUAGUGAACUACUAUAAAAUAAACCCAUCUAUGUUUAUAAAAACUGAAUAGAUUAUUCUUGAUGAUGUUUUAUGAAUAAUCUACCAUGUACAGAUUCUGUUUACUGUGAUUUUCUCAAUGCCUGUCGCUCAAAGAGCUCCGGUCCAAACUCCAGACCCAAUGAAAUAAAGAAAGAAAACUACCGGUACAUGAAAAGGUGUUUGUCCUGUUACAGCACCCUUAGUUGUCCAUGGGACUGAACCAAACCAUCACUCCCAAAGGACACAGAGGAACUGGACCCUAGCUCUGUCUGCUCUGAUCUGACAAGCUAGACCUGGUUUGGAGCAACAGAUAUACAGAACUUCACAUCAGACUAAUGUACAGCGCCCAACAACACCCCUCCUAUGAGAAGUGUUCGAGUGACCAGACAGACAGUUAUCCAUCCCUGUAUUUCUGAUUACCCUGCUGAUUCUGAACUACGAUCUAUGAAUUGGACAUGUCCAUCUGCAUACGACUGACCUAGUUCCCCAUGACUGGCCAUCCCUGUAGAAACCUCACAACAACCCAGAUGAACUUCUCUUCUGACUGUCACUGACUCUACAUCCAUGGUAUAACUGCUGUAAUAUACUGUAUUAUCUCCUCACUGUGCUACAGAAGGACAUUCUCCUGUAACACAAAGAAGCAGCAUCAAUGUACGGUGGAGGAUCUCUACAUUAUAGUCAAGCGUUUCUCUCUUAUGUGAGGCUAUAGGAUUGCAAAGUGAGGUGAAUUUGGAUUGAUUGGGCCCGGAUGGACGGACUGCAAAAACAAGGAUUUAUUUCACUUUGUCUUCAAAUAGUGCCGUAGGGGUUCAGUCUGUUGUAUACACAAUCUGUUUUCUAUUUGUUAAUAAAAAGGAGAGGGAAAAAAUGUUGCAAAAACCUUGAUGUUAAUAAAGUUGAAUAAUUGUUUUUUUUUUAU